GUCCGUGUUUAUAUUUCUUCUCGUCGAAUAUUCGAAAGCCGGUGUCGCAAAAUUUAAAUCACUGAAUCCAUCUUGUAAUGAGUAUAGAAAUUUCACCACAAAUGGGAGAAAUCGUAGAAUACAACCCAAAAGAAGAUACACUUUCGGGAGAUAAUAUACACCACCGUUGUCAUCCUUUGCACUUAAUCUGGCUGUCUGGAUUCAAUCCACGCGUGUCCUUGCUUAACGUCAGUACAACCCGUGACCGCAAGGAGCUCGUGUUGGCAUCAGCCAAUACGCUCCUGUUCUACUGCUAUGAUGGUGAACGUGAAAAGAUAACGCCAGUUGUUGGACAUAAAAAUGUCAUCAACAUGGUCGGUUGUGAGGAAAGUGGACGAUUUGUGGUGAGUUCUGAUUGUUCGUACUGCAUCAAUGUGUGGGAUCGUCAUGCUGGAGGCGAGAACAAUCAUCAUCCGGUCGCUAUAAGGACUAUUUUUGAACCGUUCAAAACGAAAGGCGAUAUCGGUGCGGUGUCAUUGAGCCGCGAUGGAAAAUAUCUACUGGCAGGUGGAGGAAUACCGUCUGAGCAGGGUAGCCAACUGAAAUUAUGGUCCUGGACGGUUGGAAACGAUUUUCCCGAUGAUACCAUCACGCUACCGACACGUCUGGGGCGUAUUAAAACCAUCCAUUUCUGUCCGGAUCGUGGCCGUCGCAAUCAGUUUGUCGUAACGCUCGAAAGUGGAGUCGUUUUUGGUGCAUGGGACAGCAAGGAGCAGAAAUUAUCGAUACAGGUCCCGAAGCGGCAUGGCUUUCAGGACUACAACGAUACCGUGUUUGUGGAGUGUACCGAUCGUGCUGUAUCGGUCACGGGUGCGGGUAUGGCCGUACUCUGGAGCAACGAUCGGAAGCUGGCUGAUGGUGCGGAUGGUAGCGUACUUCGGAAGGAGUUCCUUAAAUAUCUGCACCUGAAGUACGCUUCCAUCAAUGUGGUGCGCUCGUGUGAUGAGAAAAUUGUCACCGGAGAUGAUGACGGGGAAAUUCGGUUUUACGACAACUCGAUGAAAAUUCUCUACUGGUUCAAGCAAGAGGAUCUCGAACCGAUACGGACGUUAUCGUUUCAGCUGGUUGAAACACGUCAGUGGAAGCUUCCGAGUGAACCUAAUGAUGGAGAUGAUUGUACACCAAAAGAAGAACCAACUGAAAAGAAAUUGGAAGUGAAUAUCGAGGACAUAGCUCCGAAGGAUGUUUCCUUUGAAGCACGGCCGGUGAUAGUGCGUGGAUUCGUAUCAGCAACGAAGUCAGGCAAGAUCUACGACAUUGACAUAGUGUAUAACAAAAUUCAGGAGUUAUUUCUACAGUCUCCGAGCAUCAUUACGGCAUUUGCUGUGCAUUCGGGAAGAUCAGAACUUUGUACGUGCGACGGAAAUGGCCGUUUUGUAGUGUAUGAUAUUCAAACGAAAGCGAUGAAAUUAGCCCUCGAUGUACCGAUUCAGCGAACCCGGCGAGGUCGAAUCACCACUCUAGCCUAUUCACCAUGUGGAACAUUUUUGGCUGGUGGUGCUGAAAAUGGAUACCUUUGGAUGGUCGAACCUAACUUGCUAAUCCUUACCGGAAGCGUACCUUUACAGUUUACCGGCGAGAAGAUACGUUUGGUUUUAUUUGCUGAGGACAGCAAGCAUUUAGUUGCUGCGGAUGAAAGCAAUACGAUCACAAUCAUUCACCGUGUAAAGGACGAUUGGCAGGCAGUUGGACGAUGCGUAACGCAUAGAUUAGUCGAUCUGGCCUUUCUUAGUGCGACCGAUUUUGUAACCAUCGGUGAGGAUCGGUACAUGGUACAUUAUACGAUCAAUUGUGACGAAAUGGUACAGCUGGAAGCUUUAUCGAUUGUCAAACGAACGAGAAUAGAACAGUCCGCAUUUCCAACAGCACUUCUUAUCUUACCAGGCGGGAACGAGAUUUUGGUUGCAAAUGAUCAGCUGAAGUUCAAAAUAUUCAACAGUAAAACUUUCGAAAUACUGCACACGUACCUGGCUCCAUUUCAUGACGGUCCUGCACGUUAUCUGCGGCAACUUCCGGGAGAAGACUACUUCCUAUUCAUCACCGAUAAUAACAUCUACCUGCAUCAUCUUGCAAUCGAUGGUAACCCGUUUAAGUACCUGGCAGUGCGAGGUCAUCCGAAGCGUCUGAAAGGAUUGCAAAUUGCCUGGACGGUGCGGUGUGCCUUCACGUACGGGGAGGGAGAUCAUGCAGUUAGUAUGUGGAAAAUUAAUACAAGUCCGUUGCUGGAUAAUAUAAAGUAUGCUGGGACGGGAUUGGAUCCAUUUUGUACGCUUCUACCGGGGGGCAAGAGAGGAUGCUAUGUACGUGAGAUAUUAAGUCUGUUCUUCUACAACCAGAUAUCCCCAAAGAACAGUGAUGGUGAUGCAGAACUUACGUUGCGGGAUGCCAUGAACGUUCAGGAUGUCCCGAACUAUAUGCGUAGCAUUGGAUAUCACAUGACGGAAUACGAGGAACUGAACCUUUGCAAGGAAAUGGAGCUUACCGGGACGUACUUCCUUACUUUUGAAGAAGUGGCGAAGCUUUUUCUAAACCACCGUACCGCCACUGGUGGACCACCGACUACGGAAGACAUUCGGACUGCCGUAACGUAUAUAGGCGCUACUACAUCAUCUGGCAAUCAGGUCGACUUGGUGAGACUCAUUACACUGUUGGCAAGUAUGGGUGAACCGAUGGAACCGCAAACGGCAGAAGCGUACUGUAGAAUUCUUUUCCCAACCGCUUUUGAAGCAACUGAACGUGACGAAGGUACUGUAGCAGAAUGUGACACUGGUGAAGAGUGCACAAACUGUAUCAGCAUCGAGGAAUUUGCCGAUAAGCUAUGCUGAAUGCGCUUUUGGAUGUAAUCUGCCGGUAUGUGAGAAAGUGUACUGCAUACAAUGUUCAUUCGCUCUUAAUAACGCUACAUAACAAUAAGGAAAGUCUUAACUAUAUACCCUAGCUCCCUAGGAAGAAACAUU